GCAAUACAAAGAAAAAAACUUUGAACCGAAUUUUUGAGAAUAUUUUACUACUAAAUCUCUUAUUUGUUGAUGAGUGCUGUUUCCACUGCAAGUUUGUUUAUAUGUAUAAACGACACUCAUGGAGUGAAGGGUGAUAUUUAAAGGGUUUAAUCUGUGGUUCGCGACAUAUUGUGAAGCAAAAUGGUGUUUUCAGACCAGCAACUUUUUGAGAAGGUAGUCGAGAUACUCAAGCCAUUUGAUCUUUCUGUGGUUGAUUAUGAGGAGAUUUGUGAUAGGAUGGGAGAAUCAAUGCGACUAGGUUUACAGAAGAGUACAAAUGAAAAAUCAUCUAUUAAAAUGUUUCCAUCUUAUGUUACAAAAACACCGAAUGGGACAGAAACCGGAAACUUCUUAGCUUUAGACCUUGGUGGAACAAAUUAUCGAGUGCUUUCAGUUACUCUUGAAGGCAAAGGAAAAUCUCCAAGAAUUCAAGAGAGAACAUACUGUAUCCCUGCAGAAAAAAUGUCAGGUUCCGGAACAGAGGUUAGUCGGAAUGUCAAGCUUAUUUUUUUUAACUUGACUGAUAUCUUCUUUUUGUCCUUAUUUUCACAUCUGUUAGUGUUUUCUUUCUUAUUUCUUUUUAAAUCGAUGAAAUAAAUCAACUUAAGUCUUGCCAUUUUUAAGUAAGUAAUUUAUUCAAUUUAUUCAGGUGUUAAAGAUGACAUAGCUUUGGGACUCGUGUUUUGGUUUAAAGUUAAACUAAUUGGUACACGAGAGAUUACUCAAUCCAAUUCAAUCAAGAUUUAGUCAAUUGUCAAAAUAUCUGGCUUUGUUUGAUGGCCUAGUUUGAAGGCGACGGGACAACGCGUCUUUUUUAUUUCCUCAGAUAAAGAGAUGUGGGUGAAUUUCCUGAGCUUUAAUCAACACUUCUAUACAGGGAAAUACUAAUUUUUAAGAUAAUUUAGAAAAAUAUCUGCAUUUCAUUCAUAAAUUAUGGCUUAGUAGCCGUGUCGAAUGCGAUGUUCAUCAUAAAAUACAUUAUUUAGACUAAGUCGACCUGACCUGAUGCAACUCUUUAAAUAUAUUGCUGAGACACUGGCUGACUUUUUGGAAAACAACGGGAUGAAGGACAAAAAGUUUGACCUCGGAUUCACAUUCUCUUUUCCUUGUGUUCAAAAAGGCCUCACUCAUGCUACUUUGGUGAGAUGGACAAAAGGUUUCUCUGCAGAUGGAGUAGAAGGUCAUAAUGUUGCUGAAUUGCUGCAAACUGAGCUAGACAAAAGAGAAUUAAAUGUGAAGUGUGUGGCAGUUGUAAACGAUACAGUAGGCACACUUGCUUCUUGUGCUCUUGAGGACCCAAAAUGUGCGGUCGGAUUAAUAGUUGGGACGGGGACAAACGUUGCUUAUAUUGAGGACUCUUCAAAAGUUGAGCUGAUGGAUGGUGUGAAGGAACUCGAAGUCGUCAUAAACACAGAGUGGGGUGCAUUCGGCGAGAAAGGAGAAUUAGACUGUUGGAGGACACAGUUUGAUAAAUCAAUGGAUAUGGACAGUCUUCAUCCAGGAAAGCAACUAUAUGAAAAAAUGGUAUCUGGGAUGUAUCUUGGUGAGUUAGUUCGCCACAUCCUUGUUUACCUUGUUGAACAAAAAAUUCUCUUUCGUGGAGAUCUCCCUGAACGUUUGAAAGUACGCAAUUCUUUGCUAACUAGAUACUUAACGGAUGUUGAAAGAGAUCCUGCUCACCUUUUAUACAACACUCAUUAUAUGCUUACUGAUGACUUGCAUGUCCCUGUUGUUGAGCCGAUAGAUAACCGUAUAGUACGAUAUGCCUGUGAAAUGGUCGUUAAACGGGCAGCUUAUCUAGCAGGUGCAGGUAUUGCCUGCAUUCUUCGAAGAAUAAACCGCUCAGAAGUAACUGUUGGUGUUGAUGGCUCUUUGUAUAAAUUCCAUCCGAAGUUUUGUGAACGAAUGACAGAUAUGGUUGAUAAGCUAAAACCAAAGAAUACACGAUUCUGUCUACGUUUGUCUGAAGAUGGAAGUGGAAAAGGAGCGGCAGCCAUAGCAGCGUCAUGUACACGACAAAAUUAAAUAAUACACACACAAGAGACUAUUGUUUACAUUCAGUGCUUUCAUCUGUUUUGUUGGCCUGAUACAAUUCUCCGAUAAUUCAGAAAACUGGCCCUCUUUAUUUAGUUUCUUGGCUAUGAUUAAUUUACUAUACUUCGGAACAAUAUAAUCUUAAUAUUGAAGGAAAGAAACGUCAUUAUGAAAUUAAAGAAUCAAAUAUAAAUCGACUGUUUUAUUUUCUUAUUAGAUUACAUCAUAAAGUAGUUCAAUAACUUAGUUCUUUAUAUACACGGCAUUUUUCUGUAACUUCCUAUGACUUCCGUUAUUUGGUUUUUAUAUCAAUAAGGUAUACUUCAUAUAUAUAUAUAUAUAUAUAUAUAUAUAUAUAUAUAUUGAGAACUUCUAGUCAGUCAGUGGUAUCAAAGUCACAGAAUCUUAUAGAUUAUAUAAUUCUCUUUGGCUUUAUUAUGUAAAAGUCAAUGAAACUAUAUACCUAAAAAUAAAAAGUUUUUUUUCUCUUUAUCAUCUAUUCUAUGCAAUACAUGAAGAAUUAUUCUUUAAUGCUAUAAUUAUAGAAAUAUAUUUUUUCUCUUAAAUUUGCAAUUUUGUAGAGUAAACAUAAAUAAAAAUUUUAGUUGUAAAAGAAGGCAAAUAUUUUAAUUAUAUUCGCUAUGGUUUUUACUUUUUUAUGUUUCAUAUACAAAAAAAGAAAGAAGACAGAAAGAAAAAAAACUCUUAUAUCUUUUAGUUUUCAUUAAUAUUACUAUUAUUUUUGAAUCAUUAUUCUUAUUAUAUUACGAUUAUUAUAUACGUAUAUAUAUUAAAAAACAAAACGUUAGCCGGAAUGUAAACAAUCAGAUUUAGUGUAUUUCAUUCUAGGACAUUGUGAUAAAUUUGUUUAAUUAUUUAUUUUCUUGUGUGUGUGUGUGCAUGUGCCCGCGUUUAUUUGUGAUCGGCUAAUUGAACAUAUCUAUGGUAAACAAAAAUAAGAAAUGAAAGACCUCCUGUUGUAAAUUACAACAUAAUUUGAGUUUGAAAACAAAACAAAAAGAUUGAUAAAUAUGUAAUCAUUUUGUAUUUAUGGGCCAAAUAUAUCUCACUAUUUUAUGCUAUU